AAAUGGGUGUGUCCGGCUGAGCAGAGUGGGCGGGGGCUGAGAUGAAGUCAACCUUAAGAUGAGUGAGAGCUUUAAUUCAGCAGCAGAACGCACGAGGGAGGUUUAAGUGUUAAGUCCUCACUGGAACUGGAACAAAUAUAGCCACAGUGAAUCCAGCUGGAGGGGUUGGUAGCUGAUACUGCAGCCCAACCACAGUGCAUGGAGAGACUCUCACCCUCGCUCAGCCUCUCAGACGGCCGGCGGCUGACUCACAGCUGUGUGAAACAGAGUCAAAUCUCUGCUGCUGCUGCUGCUGCUGCUCCACAAUGUGUAACACAGGAGGAAGUUGUUAGAGGCAGAAUGAGCUGUUCUGUCGGAGCGGGCCACCUGGACUGAGCUCCGUUCUCCGGCUGAGUCGAAACCAGAGGCAGCAUCCUUGUUACAUGUGUACAGUCAUGAAGUUCAACCAGUGCGUACUGCAGGACACACCGGGGAACCACAACGAGAACAAAGUGUGGAAAUGGCACAUUCAGGAUCCCGCCAGCCAGAGACUGACGUGGAACAAGCCACCAAAAAGUGUCCUUGUGAUCAAGAAGAUCCGAGAUGCCAGUCUGCUCGAGCCUUUCAAAGAGCUCUGCACGUUUCUCACCGAGGUGAAAAACUUGAUUGUUUACGUGGAAAAAAAAGUCCUGGAAGACCCGGCCAUUUCAGGGGAUGAAAACUUUGGGGCCAUUACGAAGAAAUUCUGCACUUUCAGAGAAGAUCUUGAUGACAUCUCAAACCGCGUGGACUUCAUCAUCUGUCUCGGUGGAGACGGGACUUUGCUGUAUGCAUCUUCGCUCUUCCAGGAGAGCGUUCCACCAGUUAUGGCCUUUCACCUGGGCUCCCUGGGCUUCCUGACUCCUUUCAAGUUUGACACCUAUAAGUCUCAGGUCACCCAAAUUAUCGAAGGAAAUGCUGCUAUCGUGCUGCGAAGUCGCUUGAAAGUGCGAGUGCUUAAAGAGAACUGGGAGAAGAAGGCCAGAGUGGACGAGAAGGGAAUCAUCCUGACCAACGGGGACAUCGAAAGCAGCCGCAAAGCCGUGCAGUAUCAGGUGCUGAACGAGGUGGUGGUGGACAGAGGCCCCUCCUCUUAUCUCUCCAACGUCGACCUCUUCCUGGACGGACACCUCAUUACCACAGUGCAGGGAGACGGUGUGAUCGUAUCCACACCUACAGGAAGUACCGCGUACGCCGUGGCAGCGGGAGCCUCCAUGAUCCAUCCCAACGUCCCCGCCAUCAUGAUCACCCCCAUCUGCCCCCACUCGCUCUCCUUCAGACCCAUUGUGGUGCCUGCUGGAGUGGAGCUCAAGAUCAUGCUGUCCCGUGACGCCAGAAACACAGCCUGGGUGUCGUUUGAUGGAAGAAAGAGACAAGAGAUCUGCCACGGAGACAGUAUUACCAUCACCACUUCCUGCUUCCCCGUUCCCUCCAUCUGUUUCCGGGACCCGGUCAACGACUGGUUCGAGAGCCUGGCCCAGUGUUUGCACUGGAACGUGAGGAAGAAGCAGAACUACCUCAGCUCAGAGGACGAGGAGUUCUGAGGCCGAUUCCACGAUCUUCAAGGUGUUCUCCGAGGUCUCCAGGACUUUUAGCUCCACUGUGCUCUGUGCCGUUUCAUGGACAGAAGGUGUCACCAAACUCGGCCGUCACAGUAACGUCGCUCUUCAUUCAUAAAAUGAAUCCAUAGAAUAAUGCGGUAAAUUAACAAGCACCGGGCCAAACAGCACAUUCACUGUGGUCCUCAGUUUGUAGUUUGGCUGAAUUCAUGUGUGAGAAAAAGAGGAAAACUAUGAAACCCCAAAGUCAAAGACAUUUAUAAAACAAAUACUCAUAUGAAUAAAGUACAAAAUAAAUAACUGAAAUAACAGAAAAUUCAAAUUCUGAUUAUAAAAUGUUAUUUCACCUUCUUUCUGUAGUAACAGUUUUAUUUAUUUCAUAAAAAAUUGUAAAUCUCUUACAAUUUACUCUUACAAAUUCUUACAGUUACCUCAGUUGCGUCGUGCUGCCACAGAGACAAAGACACACACCACUGUCUCAUCUGUCUACUACAGUCUGUGGCUAUUUUAGAGCUAGUUAGCUAGCUGCUAGCUAAUAACAGUUGUUGAGUGCUGGGGGGUUGCGGGCUUGUGAUUGGCUGAAACUGAAACUCAACUGUCUUUGAAAAGUGACAAUUAUAAAUUAUAAAUGCAAAUAUAAAAACACCAGCAAACUUUUGAAAUAAAAAAACUUCUAUAAUGAAGCAAAAAGGAAAUUUAUAAAUCUGUUACUAUGAAAAUAAAAGAAUAAAUAAUGAAACUGAGUUUUAACAAGUUACAAAAUAAUUUUGCAGUAUUUUGAACACUUUGGGUCUCCAUAGAGAACCUCUCCUCAGAGAACCAGGAUAACGACCUGCCUACGUUUACACGGAAUAUAUAUUAAAUAUGCAGCAGGAACGAAGAGCUUGUAAAAUUACACAAAAUACCAUUUAACGUCUAAUGUGUAAACUUGUUAAAAUGGUGGAUUUCUGAACGGAGUCUGGCCUCACUGUUGGUCCAGCGUUGGCCCUGUAUGCUGUGAACACCGGCCUGUGGUCCGAUGCAGUUUGUAGACAAAGUUGUAAUCAGAGGUAAAUGCAAAGCUCGGGAGGCUCGUGGACUAAACUGUGUAAGCUGAGUUGUUGCAUUACUCUCGACGGGUGUUAUCAAGUCUGUUGUAGCACUUUUUUUAAAUCUCUGCGGCAGGUGUCAGGGACACAUCCACUACUUUAUAAACAACAGGAGCUUUUUCUCUCAGUUUUCUCAGCUGAAGGCCAUGUUGCACUUUUAUGGAAAAUUCUUUAUAUUUAAAAAAAAAAAAAAAAAAAAAAUUCUGAUAAAACUUUCCCAAAUUGUGUUAUUAAUCAAAUCAGGAAAAACUGAAUGACAAAUGUUAUUUACCACAACUUUCAGGUGCAUCCUAAUGAAAGCAUCUACUUGGCAAUAGUGGCCCAACUGUACAGAUGUGCCUUAAACACUGGUAUCGUUAAUGUAUAGAAAUAUUAUUUUUCAAGGUUUACAUCAUGGUAAUUUUUUUUAAUCACUCACUUGCACAGAUUUGUGGUUUUGCAGAUUUUCACUAUAUUCACAUGUCGACUGUCUUUGACACUCGAUCUGACUAACUGAAUGAUGUCGUCUGUCCCAUAGUUUCUCUGUUCAGUCAUGUAGUGAAGGCGCUGAACGACACGUAACGUGAUGUUCAUUCCAGACAAACAGACGACAGGUCAGACGUCGUCAGCGUCUUUUUAAAUGUCUGUUUUUUAAAAUGUCCUUUAAGCCAUAGCUGAACUCUAGUUUUUAUAGACCAAUGUCUGUGGGCUGUGGGUGAUUUAGUGGUGUGUGUGUGUGUGUGUGUGUGUGUGUGUGUGUGUGUGUGUGUGUGUGUGUGUGUGUGUGUGUGUGUGUGUGUGUGUUGAGGGAUUGAAUUAUUACAGACGUUGGUGCAUCCUUUCUUCUCAGUUUGCUACAAGUCUGCCGCUGUGCAGCCUGUGCUGAAUACUCUGAGGUGGCCUACCUUACAUAUCUGUUCAGAUUUAAUGUCUAGAUGUUAAUAUAUAUAUAUAUGUUUAUAUAUAUUUACAUUGUGAAUUGGCUCAACAAAAUGUGUCGGGGUGAAAAAAGACAAACAUUGGUGUCAACCUGUUGUAACUCUCAAGAGGACCAACCGAGCUCUGAAAGGCAAUCAUUCCUUUAACUCUGAGUCUGUACAUACAUGUGAUGCUUGAAUAAGAUGUAUUUUGUAACGUCUAUAUGUUUAUUAACCAGUUUACAAUGUAUCAUUGCUGAAAAUAAAUCUAUUUGGUACUUUUUUACAUUAA